UUCCCCCAUCUGCAUUUUAUAAGCAUUUUAUUCCGUGCAUUUUAAAUUGUUCUAUCCGUACGUGUUUCCGUGUGUGCUCAUGUGCCGUGUUGAUAACUCCGUGAAAUGCAAAUGAUCUGAUCGAUGAGCAGCAGCUAUAAAACCCGCAGUAGCGACGAGGCCCUCGCCGAGCAGUUCAGUCUAGCUUGUGCCGGAAGUGGCACCCAGCCCCCGGCCACGCCCACCUACCGCCAGAUAUCCGGCGCAAUGGCAACCCUGCCGCGCCAUGAUAACAACCACAGUGACAACUCCAGCCGCCUGCGCAGCGAUUCCACGGCCACGUCGAGAACUUGCGUCUACAUUGGUGGAGCGCCCACGGGGGGCGGAACCGGAAAUGGUCAGAUUUCCGUGACCUUGGACCGCCGACAGCCGCAGCGCAUGUCCUGGCUGAACAUGCGACGGGCCAAGGCCAACGAGGCGGACCUGCCCACCGUCACGCCAUCGCCACAGACCACACGCAGCUGCAUCUCCACGGUGUCCAGUGUGGUGGACAGUGGAAGUGGGGGGGGUCGCACCACCGCCACAUCCGGUCGCAUCAGCUCCAGCGGCAUCGUCACCCUGAGCGGCAGCAACAACACACUGAGCGAAAUCCAGGGCGGCUACCACGACAUGGACCACGACGCGGUGUCCAAGAACUUCUCCGUGUCCGCCUCCGCCCACUCCGCCCACUCCGCCCACAACAUCACCACGGCCAGCAAUGCCAAACUGCUGCCCGCCGUCGAGGAUGAGUCCAACAAACAGACGAAAUGCUCGGUGUUCCGUGGGCUUGUGUUGUGCUUGUGCCUGAACCUGAGCUACGCGAACGUGGUCCGCUUCCCACGCGAGUUGGAUCGCUACGGGUCGGCGUACCUGCUGCCGUAUGUGGUGCUGCUGUUUCUAGUCGGCCUGCCCAUGAUUCUGCUGGAGAUCUCCGUGGGCCAGUUCUUGGGCCAGGGGGCGGCGCACACCUGGCGCGCCUCGCCCAUUUUCAAAGGAGCCAGCAUCAUCAGUCGCUUCGCCUCUUGGCUUUCGGCCAUUUGGGUGUCCUUGCAGGCCGUGCUGGCACUGGCCUACAUCGGGAUGUUCGCCUCCAAUGAUCUGCCAUUCCGCGAGUGCGCCGGACCCGUAAAACUACGACUGAGUGGCUACCUCCUGACGGGAACCAGUGGACAGGAGUGCCUGCAGCAGACCUUUCUUACGCCCUUUUGGCGUAAUCCCAUGUUUUUUGGCCUUCUGGCAGCGGGGCUAAUUGGGCUCUGGAUAGUCGUGAUGUUGUGCACCCACAAUGCCAAGAUCCUGCGUCGCAGCAUAUUUGUCUACGGAUUGGUUGGUCUGUUCCUGCUUUGCACCCUCACCGGUUGGGAGGUGCGAAACUCCUUCAGUCGUCACUACUUCCCGGAGCUUUGGGGCUUCAAUGCCAGUUUGCUGGCCGAGAGCAACAUCUGGUUCAAUGCUUUGAUGCAGGUCCUCUUCUCGGUGAACUGUGGAUUUGGAGCUCUGCCCAUGGUGACGGGAAAGUUCCUGUACAAAGGCGACGCUGUGAGAACCUCGGUGGUUUACCUCUGCUUCAACCUGCUGAUCAACGCCAUUGCCGUCACAUUGUUUAUGGUUCAGUUCGAUUUCUCGGCCAAUGGCUAUCAGAACAUGGAGGAGCUGAAACCCCUCACAGCCAUCUACGAUCGGGUGUUGAAUGGCUCCCGCGAAGGCGAUAGCCAUCUGCUGCAGCACCUGGUUCCCUCGCUCAUCUACACUCUGAUCAUCCUCUCGGCCAUGGUCUCCAUCACGGUGGCGGUGUACACCUCUACGCGUCUCGUGCCAAGACGCCCCAACUAUGUGAUCUGCCUGAUUGGACUGGUGGUGGCGGUCAUAUCGUUUGCGGCGCCCAAGUUCCUCAUUGCCCGUGUCCUAGACUCACGACUGGUGGGCACCAUGGUGGUGACUGCUCUGGUGUUUGAGCUGAUUGCCAUAACUUGGAUCUACGGAGCCAAGAACAUCUACACCGACCUGGAGUUCUCCAUCGGACGUCCCAUCUUCAGGGUCUGGAUGUGGCUGUGGGUCAUCUGCCCUGCCAUACUUACAGGUAUCUUGGUUUGGUGGUGCGCCGAUGAUGAUCAGUACGACGUGCUGGCGGAGUAUCUGCCACGCUGGGCGCCAAUUCUGUUCGUGCUGGCCGUGAUCGUGAUCAUUGCCUGUGUGCAGAUCUUCCGGCAGGUGGAGUACAACUUCUUCGGCAUGAUCUGCGAGGCCUCCAAGCCGGCGAAGGAGUGGGGUCCGGCGGAUCCGCUGGCCCGUCACUCCUGGAAGCAGUGGCGCUCCGUCUGCCAGGACACUGGACGCAGGGACUUCACGCUGCGACGGAGGGGAACCCGCGACUACACGCACUCCAUCAAGAAGGGUCAGUACUCGAGUGCCCCAAAGUACGGCGUUCAGAAUGGCGGACAGACGCAGACGACCAUGCACCAGCAGCACUGGAAGUCCUCCACUCCGGGGAAUAGUUCGCCCAACUACAGUGGAUCCAUGUUUGGAGACUCAGCCAUCGAGGAGGAUAUUAGUGUGGAUAAGUUCCCUGGCAUCACGCAGCAGCAGUAUGUGCCCUUCCAGGCGAGCGAUUCGAAGCCCACGCGGUAUUCGCAACGGAUGAGGCAGACCGCUCAGCCGCAGACGCAGAUGCGACCGCCCAGGGAAUCGGUGGAGAAGCACCGCGAGGUGGUCUACAUUCGGCGACUCUCCGACGGAGGAAGUGGAACCGGCCAUGCCACACGGAUAGAGAUCUCGCCCUCGAACCCUGAAUCCAUCACCUAUGGCAAUGGCAACGGGAAAAGCAACAACAACUCUACUUCGGCCAUGUCCCGCAAUCCGCUGGGCCGCUCCACGGGAUGUCUGGCCGCUCCCGUCCAACCGCCGCCGCCCAGCGUCCAUGUGAAGCGGUCCGCCAGCUCGGUGGUCAAUGUUAACUCGCACAAAUUGCCACCGCCAGCGACUUCCGGUGGAGCGGCGGAUCACAUUUGCUGGCGGAAGUUCAACGUCAACCCGGAAGAGUAUUCCACGGAGCUGUGAAACCAGGGGAUAGUAAGGAGUAGGAAACGAAGCAUUCACAUUCAAAAAGACUUGUUGCAUCCAAAACAAACGUAUCUGUAUCUGUAAUCCGUAUUGCACCUAAGGCACACACCUAACUAUAAGCCACGAAAGUGUAUCUUCUAGUUGCGAGCUGUAAAUAUCCCUAGAAAUAGUUUUACGAUCUAGUUCCUUAGCUUAAGUCGAGAAAAUUCCGUUGUCAUUGUUCUCCAUAUGGAAAUUUGAAAAUAUGGAGCAGGAAGAGAAGGAGUAUACCCUUUCGGGUUGACAUUUAGUCGUAGCACGUUGAACUAUCAUGGAUUCGAGUGCCUGAAACAAAAAACUUGAAAUAACUGAAUUAACCCUAAGCUUCUUCAGUUCUUAGUUAGUUCGUAGGCAUAUGUAUGACCCCAUAACCUAAGCAUCCAUUGUAAAGUUACAUAAAAACACACAACGAUUUCGAAAAACGAUCUUAUGUAAUAAAUAGUACGAUUAGUAAAUUAUGA